CGUCUGCGGCGGAGGAAGAACAACAAACAAAUCAUCAGCGUCAAAGUCUCGCUCCCGGAUCCGCGGAAGGCUACAGGGAAAUUUUACUUUACGGCUUAGUUAGCUUCCGACAGGCGCCGAGGGAAUCUGUAAAAGUGGCAAGAUGGAGCUCAUUGAAACCCUUUUUAACUUCUCUGAGAAAGCUGGUGAAAUUGCACGGACAAUACGGAGAGAGCCAAAACUUUUUUCUUUGUUAGUAGAGGAAAAAGGAGAAGACGAAAAAAAUCAAAGGUUUGCACAAGACUUUAAGACCCUGGCAGAUGUGCUUAUCCAAGAAGCUCUCAGGCAUCAUGUUGCACAAAUGAUUCCAUCACUUGGAGAACAUGUACAUGGGGAAGAGAGUGCUGAAUUUACAAAUACUCUUGGGGAGCGGGUUAUUGUCCAGAUUUGUGCAACAAAAGAAGAGACCGCUACACUUCUUGAGAAGGUUUUAGAUGGCAACAAAGAAGCAGCAGAACUAUUGGCAGCUGUUGUUCAUACAGCUGUUAUUGUAAAACCUGACUCAACAUUAGCUGCCAAAAUACCCAAAAUACCUCUGGAUAACUUGGGUAUAUGGAUUGAUCCUAUUGAUUCCACUGGUGAAUAUGUUAGAGGUGAAAUUGGAAAGCUAAAUGGAAGCAUAUACAGCAGUGGACUUCCAAGUGUGACUAUCCUCAUUGGUUUUUAUGACCGCUUUACUGGUGAAAUACUAGGAGGGGUUGUUAAUCAUCCCUUUGCUGUGUAUGAUGAAGAAAACCAAAGUUGGCAUGGGCAAAUUUACUGGAGUGUCAGUUAUAAUGAUGUUAGAGUCCAUAAUAUGCAGAGCCAUAAACUUGCCUCUGAUGCUACUCGUCCAGUAAUAGUGAUGUCGUCCAGUGAAGAUGUAAAAGUACAGGAAAUGCUUGGAAAGAAGUUUGACAUUGUUUAUGCUUCUGGUGCUGGAUACAAACUUCUUGUUGUUGCACUUGGACAGGUGGUAGCAUAUGUUUGCUCCAAAGGUUCAACUUUCCGGUGGGACACAGCAGCACCUCAUGGUUUGCUGCAAGCCUUGGGAGGUGGUGUAGUUGUCUACAGACAGUUAUUAAGCUCUGCUGAAGAUAAUCAUAUAUCGGAAGAUAUGUUGAAAAGUAUUCAGAUAAAAUACCACAAGCCAAAUGUUGAUUCACCAAAAGCCAGCUUACAAUGGAGCAAUGCAGGAGGAAUUGUGGCUUAUAGGGAGACUGAAGUAUUACCAACCAUUUUAGAAUGUUUGAGAAACUCAUAGAUAAGAUUUUUUUUUUUUUUUUUUUUUA